CACAGCGACCUCAACCACAACACCUAGCCUCCACCGACCACCGCCCAGCCACGCCAAUGGCGCCGCGCCGUCUCGCGCUCGCGGUGCUCCUCCUUGCCGGUGUCGCCCGCGGCACCCCAGUGCCCAACACCACAACCCCUGCAUGGGCAGCGUACACUGCGCCCCUGCCCAGCUCAUCGUCCUCCUCGUCCUCCAAGCUCUCGUCCAGCACCAUCAAGAUCAUAGCGAUCGCCCUCACCAUCCUGGUGCUAAUGUUUCUCUGCGCCAUCUGCGGCAAGAUGCGUAACCGCCGUGCUGCGCGACGCGCCGCCCGCCCCCCGCUACCGGAGAGCGCAACCUUCCUCCGCGAGCCGUGGGUCGUCACCUCGCACUCGCGCCCAGAGGACCCCGACAGCCUGGCCCUCGCGCGCAGGCUGCAGGCGGAGGAGGACGCCGCGGCUACGGCGGCGGCGCACAGGCCGCCGCCCCCGCCCCCGCCGGCACACGUCAAGCCUGGGCCCGACGAGACGCCGCCCGCCGUGCCGCCCGUCUCGGCGCGCUUGGCUGCGUCGUCGAGCUCGACGCCUGCCCCCGCGCCGCCUGCCAACGCCGUCGCAUCCUCCAGCCGCAACGUCGCCGAGGAGGGCGAGGAAGCGCCCCCGCCGGCAUACUCGCUCACCGACCCCAAGGCCCGCGCCCCGUAG